AUUAUUCUUCCGCCGCCGUUGUUUCCGGCGACGAAUUGCUCUCCGAUUCAAUCCCAGAGGCGCAAGCUUCGUUAUGGAUCCGUCAUACCAGCGCGUUGAGCAGUCUCAGGUAACCUUUCCUCACGACGAUGAAACGGAAUCUCGCUGUGUGGUAGAGGGAGAUUGCGACAUGGUUAUUGAAUUAGGAUUGGGAUCGGGAAGCGUUUCAAUUGAUAAUUUAGGUCAUGAUAGUUAUAUUGAUGAACCUGAUGAUCUCUUCGUUGAGAGGAGAGAUUCUGUGCUUGAAUUUCGUGAUUUCACAUCGUUAGGAAGUGAUAUUCGGUUGAUUACAAUUGAAUCCGAUUCUGAUGAUGUUGUUGAUGAUUAUGAUGAGAAUGAGAGGGAGAUGUGGGGGAUUGAUUUGAAUGGUGAUGAUGUUUAUGAUGAUGAUGUUUAUGGUGAUGAUGAUGAUGUUAGUGUGAGUAUACCUCUUUGUUGGGAUUCACUCCAAGUAGAAGAUCGUGGAGUAGCUGCUGAGGAGUUUGAUUGGGAAGAAGUUGGUGAUGAUGGUGGUGGUUUGGUGGAUGAUGAAAGGGAGAUAGAGAUACUAACCGGUUUUGCAGAAAUUGAUGAUGGUGGGGAAGGUUUGGAGGAUGAAAGGGAGAUAGAGAUACUAACCGGUUUUGCAGAAGCUGAUAUCAGUGAUGGUAAUUCUGUUUCUAUCUCCAUCUCACCGAUGGUUUCUUUAGAAGGUUUAGCUACAGGGGAAAGAACAGAGGGAUCUGGGAAUCUCGAAUGGGAAGUGUUGCUGAACUCUCAUACGCUAGAGAUCAACUUUGAUGGGGAAAACAGAGAGAUCUAUAUCGCUGGUGAUCAUGAUGAUUACAUUCAUACAACUGAGUAUGAUACGUUGUUUGAACAGUUUGCUGAAGCUGGGAUAACCAAUCUCCGUUUACCUCCAACUUCUAAAUCUUUCAUUAAAGAUCUCCCAAUGGUUCAGUUGGGUGUUGAGAACGAUGAAGGUGUGGUCUGUGCGGUUUGUAAAGAUGAGAUGAAUAUCGGAACAAAAGCUGUUGGGUUGCCUUGUGAUCAUAAGUAUCAUACUGAAUGCAUUGUACCGUGGCUGGAAACGAGGAACACAUGUCCUGUUUGUCGUUAUGAAUUGCCUACAGAUGAUGCAGAGUAUGAGCAAAGGAAGAUCCAGAGAACAACAACAACAACAACAAGUAGUGAUAUUAUAUGGUAAAAGGAUUGGUAAGCAUCGUCUAUAAUGAUUUUUUUUGUCUUUUGAACAUUAAAGAAUGUGUAUACACUAUUUGUUUGGAUUGAGUCAAGCUUUUUCUUAGUUGUUUAUUUUUUAUCAUUGUAUUUCGCCUCAUUGUGUAAGCCAUGUGAUAAUGGUCUAAGGCAGUAGGAGGCUAGCUUUACAUAGACGAACAUAUAUGUAUAUUUUGGUUUGCUUAACGCAUUUUAUUAAGCUUGGACAAGGUUUAUACAAGUAUAAAAG